GCACCGGUGACGUUAGUUAUAGAGCUCACUCUUCUUCCUGGAGGGAAAACUAACAGCUUUAGAAAUGGCUAAAUUCUUUACACCAGCUCAAAUCAGCGAGUUUAAAGAAUGCUUCUCCCUGUAUGACAAAAAACUGAAGGGUAAAAUCGAUUCCAAAGAUCUGAUAACAGUUAUGCGCUGCCUGGGUUCAAGCCCCACACCGGGGGAAAUAGAACGACAUCUUCAAGUUCAUAAAAUAGGAAAAAAAGGAGAGGUAGACUUCUCUACGUUCCUGAUCAUGAUGCACAGACAGAUGCAGCAAGAGGAUCCGAAGAACGAAAUCCUGGAGGCCUUUAGGAUGACGGACAAGCAGAAGAGAGGAUAUAUCCAGGCGUCUGAGCUGCGGGCCAAACUUACCACAUUAGGAGAAAAACUCACUAACAGAGAAGUGGAUGAACUCUUCAGAGAAGCAAACAUCAGGUCAAAUGGCAACAUCAAGUAUGCAGAGUUCACCCAAAUGGUGACACUGCCACCGGUCGAUUAUUGAUCAGAGGUCAAAUUAAACAGACUGAAUAAUUUAAAACAAUGAGUGAGAAAGAAACAAACCUGCAGAGGCUGAAGCUCAUGUUUGCAUCCUGUGGAAAUACUAACUCUACAGUGCCUCAGACUGCAGCACCUUAAUUAUAGUUUGAUUCAUUAAUUGAAAUACACCUAAAAUUUUCCUUAUCUGUCUUCAUUAUGCACAGUCAGUCCUCACAGGCAAUAAUAAACAUGAGAAUAUCGUCAUCCUAGUUUUAACCAACAUACUUUUAUUUUGUUUUGAAGAUAAGUGUUUUAAAACCCAAGACUUUAAAAAAAUAAUUAGUAAACUUAUGAUUCAGGUUUAUGAUUUUAUUUAUCCUAAUCUGUCUCAAUGAUUAUAUGUGAAUAACUGGCAUUUUAUUUUAUUAAGGGAGGA